AUGGCAAACGAAGAAUAUCUUACAGACGAAUAUGUCGCUGGGCUUCUCAGCCAGGAGGCUUCCGACUGCUCGAUCAAAUACUCAGCCAUGGGUGUCGACGCUUUCCUGGGAAAGGACUCCAACUCUAAGAAGCCUUCAAACAUACCCAAACCCAACACCAGAUUCUUGCGCAAUAUCAUCAAAGGCACCGACACCCACAACAAGGCGCUUCUGGCAAAGGAAGCCGCGGAGUCGAAAGCUCGCCUCAAGGGGCUAGAGCGCGCCGAAGAGACCAAGCGAAAGAAGUCAAAUCCUUCUACAAAAGACAUACGAGAGCGACAUAUGGGCGCCAUACAAGCAAUCCUGGGCGGUGGCAAGCGAAGGGAACGAGAUCGCGAAAAUGACGAUGAAAAAAAGUCCAAUAGCCAAGGUCGAGACAAGGCAAAGCGCAUAACAAGAGACCACAGAUCCGAAGAUGUUUCUGGAGUGACAGCUCCAAGCAUCAUCGCAGCCGCGGAGCUGACGGGCGUCGUUCAAGACACAGGGACCACUCCCCCGAUGAUGGAUAUCAAUCUCGCAGACAUAAAAGCUCUAGAGAUGAUAGAUCUAGAUCUCCUCGAAGCGGAUAUCGAUUACAAGAGACAAAGAGUCGAGAUACAGAACGGCGACGGCACCGGCAUCGCUCGCCGGCUAGAAAGAAAUUAG